AUGUGUACCAAGGCGGUGCAUCUCAAGUUGGUAACGGAUCUGUUCACCGAAAGAUUCAUCCAAGCAUUACGCAGCAAAGAACAUCACGAGACGGUAGCUAGCAAAAGUACCAAGGACGAAAUUCAGUGGCACUUCAAUUCUUCAAGUGCUCCACACUUCGGAGGUCUGCUGUGCAAGUGCGAGCAAGUGCUGAUCUUUGAAGACAUGAACACACUUCUAGAACAAGUUGAAGCUUGUUUAAAUUCAAGACCGCUCACUGCAAUAUCAGACGACCCGAACGAUUUGGAACCCAUAGCCCCAGGACAUUUCCUGACGGGAGCCUCGUUGCAUCAACUACCGGACCGGGAUUUUUCAUCUGUUCCAAUAAAUAGGCUUUCUCAGUAUCAGGUGACACAAAAGAAAUUGCAGGAGCUCUGGAAUAGAAAGCAGCGAGAGUACUUGUCGCAAUUACAAGUAAUCCCAGUUAGUUCACGACGGGCGGGAAUGUCUGCGAAUGGUAAAAUUAAUCGAUGCACCCCUCGAGUGAAGCAGGAAAGGGCGAAAAUGUGUGACGAGAUCCACGACGGAAAUUUGGUAACGAUUGACAACUCGGCCACCCCACGAGGAUUAGCAUUUGAAAAAUUGAAACAACCUACCGGAUAA